AUAAUCUUGACUCAGAUUAGACUUGUUUAAGAUAAAAAAUAACAAGCUGAGUCUCUUCAAGUUACCGAUAUUGCAUGAACUAAGAUCAUAAGAUUCUAAAAAAAACUUUUUUCAAACAUUGACUUUAUACAGUCAAACAAAAACAAAAGAGUAAAUUAUUUUCCUUUCUUCGCUUUUGCUUUUAAUCAUAGACUUAGAGCAAUCCUUUAUAAAUUUUUUUUUUUUGACAUGAUUGAUCUUUUUCUUUACCUACUCGGACCUGAGCCAUAUUCGAUCCCCGAUACCAUGUCCGGUUCGGCUCUCAGGUCCUUUGGGAGCCUGUAAAUGUGUAGUUGAAUGCAUCAAAUUCAACGUUCUUUCUCUGACUAUAUAAUCCAUAACAAUGGUUCAAGGUUCUUUCAAGCGUCAAGUCGAAGUUGGCCGUGUUGUCCUUAUCAACAACGGUGCUGAUGCCGGUAAGUUGGCCGUCAUUGUCGAUAUCAUUGAUCACAACCGCGCUCUCAUCGAUGGUCCCACCACCGGUGUUGUUCGUCAAGCUUUCCCCUACAAGCGUUUGGUCUUGACUCCUCUUGUCCUCAAGAACCUUCCUCGCAACGUUGGUAAGACUGCCCUUGCCAAGGCUUUGGAAAAGAACGAGACUGUUGCUGCUUGGAACAAGACUGCUUGGGCUAAGAAGCUCGAACAACGCAAGGUCCGUGCUAACUUGUCCGAUUUUGACCGUUUCAAGUUGGCCAAGCUCAAGAACCAACGUCGUUUCGCCGUCGGUGCUGCUGUUAAGGCUGCCAAGAAGCAAUAA